AGUUCUACAUAUUGUGUCCAACAUAUUAGGUUAAAUAUAUCAAGGCCCUGUCCUGCUCAUGAGACAGCAGAGAUACAACAUAGAUGUCUGACUUGCAUGUUAAUUUAUGUGUUUGUUUUUUAGUGUGCCACCGAAAUGGUAGCAGCUUCCAGUGCAAAUGUGAGGAUCAGUAUAUCUGGUCAUAUGAAAACUGCAUUUCAUACACAAUGUGUGGUGAUAUGACUGACGACACUUGUGAGUGUAUCAACAAUAUCCCAUCCAACAGGCAAUUCUGCCACUUGAAGAAGGAUUCAAAUGCAGUUGUUACAACAGUUGUGCACACAACUUCUACACCAAUGACUGAAACAGCUCUUCCUGUUGUAAAUGAAUACCUGAUUUCUGUUGAGUUGAACAUGUCAGAUGUCACAGAAGUAUAUCAGCUGAGGACUAUUCUAAGAAACAUCAGCUACCCUCUCAGCAUCAAUGAGCAAAUACAAAUCUCUGAUGUCAACAUUUCUACAGUUUGCUCUGCAAGCAGCAAUGGUAUUCAGUGCAGAUGUGAGGAUGGGCAUCGUUGGUCAUGUGACCAGUGUCUGCUGUAUGGAUCAUGUGACAACAUCACUGAUAACACAUGUGGAUGCAUCAAUGCCAUUCCCCCUGAUGGAAGAUAUUGCAAGUCUAUUGAUCUACACAGCUUCACAUGGUGUCCUAAUGCAACAUCCUCUCCAUCACCUACAAAUUCAACGCCGAGUGCUUCAACACAUCUGAACACAACAGUGCUGACCAUGUCACCAACAAUUAAUGGUUCGUCACCUACAGCCACAACACCUUUGACCACCACAACACAGACAGUGUCACCCACAAUUACUAGAAACGAUAUGUUCAUUAAUUCAACUGCAGUUGUUACAACAGUUGUGCACACAACUUCUACACCAAUGACUGAGACAGCUCUUCCUGUUUUGAAUGAAUACCUGAUUUCUGUUGAGUUGAACAUGUCAGAUGUCACAGAAGUAUAUCAGCUGAGGACUAUUCUGAGAAACAUCAGCUACCCUCUCAGCAUCAAUGAGCAAAUACAAAUCUCUGAUGUCAACAUUUCUACAGUUUGCUCUGCAAGCAGCAAUGGUAUUCAGUGCAGAUGUGAGGAUGGGCAUCGUUGGUCAUGUGACCAGUGUCUGCUGUAUGGAUCAUGUGACAACAUCACUGAUAACACAUGUGGAUGCAUCAAUGCCAUUCCCCCUGAUGGAAGAUAUUGCAAGUCUAUUGAUCUACACAACAAAGCAACAUGUUCUCUUCCUGUUGUGAAUGAAUACCUGAUUUCUGUUGAGUUGAACAUGUCAGAUGUCACAGAAGUAUAUCAGCUGAGGACUAUUCUGAGAAACAUCAGCUACCCUCUCAGCAUCAAUGAGCAAAUACAAAUCUCUGAUGUCAACAUUUCUACAGUUUGCUCUGCAAGCAGCAAUGGUAUUCAGUGCAGAUGUGAGGAUGGGCAUCGUUGGUCAUGUGACCAGUGUCUGCUGUAUGGAUCAUGUGACAACAUCACUGAUAACACAUGUGGAUGCAUCAAUGCCAUUCCCCCUGAUGGAAGAUAUUGCAAGUCUGUUGAUCUACACAGCUUCACAUGGUGUCCUAAUGCAACAUCCUCUCCAUCACCUACAAAUUCAACGCCGAGUGCUUCAACACAUCUGAACACAACAGUGCUGACCAUGUCACCAACAAUUAAUGCAGGUUUGUCACCUACAGCCACAACACCUUUGACCACCACAACACAGACAGUGUCACCCACAACUACUAGAAACGAUUCGACUGCAGUUGUUACAACAGUUGUGCACACAACUUCUACACCAAUGACUGAGACAGCUCUUCCUGUUGUGAAUGAAUACCUGAUUUCUGUUGAGUUGAACAUGUCAGAUGUCACAGAAGUAUAUCAGCUGAGGACUAUUCUAAGAAACAUCAGCUACCCUCUCAGCAUCAAUGAGCAAAUACAAAUCUCUGAUGUCAACAUUUCUACAGUUUGCUCUGCAAGCAGCAAUGGUAUUCAGUGCAGAUGUGAGGAUGGGCAUCGUUGGUCAUGUGACCAGUGUCUGCUGUAUGGAUCAUGUGACAACAUCACUGAUAACACAUGUGGAUGCAUCAAUGCCAUUCCCCCUGAUGGAAGAUAUUGCAAGUCUAUUGAUCUACACAAUUCAACUGCAGUUGUGCAGACGACUUCUACACCAAUGACUGAAACAGGUUCGUCACCUAUAGCCACAACACCGACAGUGUCACCAAUGACUACUAGUAAUGGUCAAAUAGUUUUUUUCUGUAUUUUAUUGACAGGAUUUGAUGUGGAAAUGUCAUUCAUAUUAAACAAGACAUUCACAGCAGAACUGAAUAAUGCAACAAGUUUUGCAUACAAGGAUCUUGAAUCAAGAAUUAAUUCAGUGUUACAAGAGCAGUAUAAAGGAAUCACAGGGUUUGUCAGUGUUUUUGUGAGGGGAUUCAGUAAAGGCAGCAUAAUCACCAGUUUUGUUGUGAAGACGACACAAGUUAUUCUGAAUGAAAUUGCUGAGGCAAAUGACAAACUCCCAGAAGCAAUGCAGAUUAUAGCCCCAACCAUUGGCCCAGUAGUUGCAUUUUACAACAGUCCAACUCCUAUUAGCCGUCCGGAACUCACUUAUACUGGAAACUCCAUGACACUUACUUGUGGCCCCCCUCCUACAAACAUAAAUGUUGGACACAUUUCUGUUGCCAAGUGGAAAUUUAAUGGACAAGAAAUUAAAAACAGUGGAAGGAUUAAAAUAACUACUUUAAGCACAAUGUCUUUGCUUACAGUUAACAAUGUUAUCCUUCUUGAUAUUGGACUCUAUGAAUGUACUCUGAGAGGUGAAGAAAUGGAUUUCCAUCAAAAAGGACUUCUAACAGGAGAUGAAAUCAAACCAGCUCCCGUUUUGAGACUACAGAGUAAAGUUAAUAUUAAAUGCAAGGAUGGACUAAUCCAAAGUCUCAGGUGUUGUGUGCAGUCCUCCUUUAGAAUCAACUGGUUUCAUGCCACUACAGUUUUAUCUUCAGAUCCCAGUGUCAACUGGGAGACUUACUGCAUUGUGCAUCAUUACAAGCUAGGACGCUGCAGUGAAACACAGCUAAAAGAAAUCCAAUUCAUGUGUAAGGUAGAUGAACCAAAGGGUUAUCAACUGACAACUACGAUGACAAUUUUCAGAGAAGAUGUCAAAUGUGACAAUGCUCAGUAUGGGACUGGCCGAGGCGGGGACAUAUCAACAAUAGAAUGUGGUCCGGGACAAGAGGGAAGAAGGUCUGCUGUCUGUCAAGAAACAGGAGAGUGGCAACUAAAUGAGGACUCCUGCAUAAUUCCACCCAUCAAGGAGUUGUUAAUUGUUUCACAGGAUUUGGGUCUGGAGGAAGUGCCACAAUUCCUGGCAAAUCUAAGUGAUGCCGUCCAGGGAGCCAAAACAGAAACUGCAAAUUCCUCCGCAACCAUAUCAGCUAUUAUUAAAAUCAUAAGCAUCAUUGCAAAUGUUAGCAUUGCUGUCAGUGAAUCUGGGAUGAAGAAAAUUCUCGAAACAGUUGAUGUCAUCAUCAGUGAUGAUUCAAGAGAAUCCUGGGCAUUUUUGAACGCAAAUCAAACUGGUAAUGCGAGCUCAGAGUUAUUGGGUUCUCUCGAGACUCUCUCAAAUGGAUUGGUAGGGGAGUUUGACAUUGUGACUGAACAGAUUCUACUCAACAGAACCACAUUUAACAACUCGUUCGGGGCAGAUCUUAAUUCAUGGAUUCUCCUAGAAAUUCCACACACCGGCAUUAACAAUGUCUUAAUCACCACAAUCACCUUCCCCACCCUCAAUAAUGUCAUUCCAGCACGGAACUCCAGCUUUGAGGCCACCCGCUUCAAUGCCACCAACAAUGACUCUGUUGUUGCUUAUGCUAUCAAUGCUGCAGUAGUACUAGUUAAAAUAAAUGAAACCAUUCAGAAUUUCAGUCUGAGCUUUGACAAGCGGAACAAAUCCCUAUCUCUGAACCCACAGUGCGUCUUCUGGAACUUCACACUCUUUCACAAUUUCGGCGCUUGGGAUGAUGAUGGGUGCACAUUUGUUUCUGACAUAAACAACACGGUUACCUGCAGCUGCAACCAUCUCACUUCCUUCUCUAUUCUGAUGGCAACAGAUAUCCCUCCGGAACUUACAGAAGCCUUGGAUAUAAUCACUUACGUUGGAGUUGGGAUAUCUCUUGCAAGCUUGGGAAUAUGUCUCAUUAUUGAAGGAUACGUUUGGAAAGCCAUUACCAGAAAUAACACCUCUUUCAUGCGUCAUGUUUCCAUUAUUAAUACCGCCAUCUCUUUGAUGAUCGCUGACAUCUGUUUCAUUGUUGGUGCCUCUUUUGCUAACAGCACCCUGGAAAAUCCCGGGAAGGACUAUGAAGUUCCAUUUGGACCAUGCAGCACAGUAACAUUUUUUACACACCUUUUCUACCUGGCUUUGUUCUUUUGGAUGCUUGUGUCAGGCCUUCUGCUCUUUUACCGAACAGUCAUGGUCUUCUCCCACAUGUCCAAGUCAACCAUGUUGGCCAUAAGCUUCAGUUUAGGCUACGGAUGCCCUCUAAUUAUUGCUGUUACUACAGUUGCUGUCACAGGACCAGGACAUGGAUACAUCAGAAGAUACAACGCUUGUUGGCUCAACUGGAUGGAGACAAAGGCCCUCCUGGCUUUAGUGGUACCUGCCUUGACAAUAGUUUUCAUCAACAUUUUAGUUGUUAUUGUGGUCUUGUUCAAAAUGCUGAGAAGAGGCGUGGGAGACACAGCACAAACAGAAGAAAAGCAUACACUGAUGAUCAUUGCAAGGUGCAUAGUCAUUUUGACUCCAUUGUUUGGUCUUACAUGGUCUUUGGGAGUUGGAACAGUGGUAUCAUCAACAAAUAAAGGAAUCCAAAUUGCCUUUGCAUUCUUCAAUUCACUACAGGGUUUCUUCAUUUUGGUGUUUGGGACACUCUUUGAUUCAAAGAUCCGUUCUAUCCUCCUAAAAUUAUGGACAUCACCCACAGGAUCUGAUCAGACAAGAAGCACAGGCAUUUCUUAUCUGAGUGGACUAAACUGGAUAAAUCAAUUGCAUGGAAGAAGAAGAAAUAUUUACAGGGUAUCAGAAGCAAUAAACUCAAGCAGCGGUGGUUCAACAGAGACAUUCAUCAAAUUUUGACAACAAAAACACAGGAUCAGAGUGGAUUUUUAACAAGAAACUUCACAGACACGUUUUUAAGGAGACUUAUUUAUACUUGUUGAAAAAGAGUAUUAUAUGUGACCUUUAAGUUUCUGUCUCUGCAUAUAAUGCUCACGUGCUGUUAGGACAUGGUGUAAGAUAGGGUGCUAACUGUGGUGGAAUUUCUGUAGUUAUUUAGAUUAUAAUGUACAGAUGGUUUAUUCACUGUUCUCUAAUGUCAGUCAGACCUGACAGAGUUCAGCUGUUAUUAGAACACCAAGUACAGCUUAGAGAGUGUCAACUGUUUUUCCUGAUAUCUGUAAGGAUGUUUGGUAGACUUAUUGUCUGCUCCAGUGUUAUAGACGUCACAGUUUAGUCUAAGUGGGUCAAUGUGACCCUGAUAAUGAUAAAGUCUUUUAGGAUAUAUGCGAUGCCUUUCGAGAAGUUCGGCAGAUGUGAUUGAGCAAGAGACGAGAACAGAAGUGUGAUGUUGAAUCAUGUCUCCUCAUGAGUAUUCUUCUUAUGUAUAAACUUUCAUCAACAUAAGCCAUCUGAGUCAACUGAGUCUUAUUGUAUGGAGUCAAGUCUUAGUAAUUUCU